AUGGCGUACCAAAUUGCAAUUUUCUUCAUAUUAGAAGACACAUGGCACUAUUUCUCUCACCGUGCACUUCACUGGGGUCCUCUAUACAAGGCAAUCCAUAAGAUACAUCAUCAAUACUCGGCUCCAUUUGGCAUGGCUGCUGAGUAUGCCUCGCCAAUAGAAGUGAUGAUUCUAGGGUUCGGUACUGUUGGCUGUCCAAUCCUUUGGUGUGCUCUAACGGGUGACCUGCACAUUUUCACCAUGUACAUUUGGAUUGUGCUCCGGCUAUUUCAGGCCAUUGAUGCACAUAGCGGUUACGAGUUUCCUUGGAGCCUUCAUCAUUUCCUCCCAUUCUGGGCAGGUGCUGACCAUCAUGAUCUUCACCACGAGAAAUUUGUUGGCGAUUAA